UCAUUAGUUUACUCGUCGGCCGCCAUCUUGUCCACACGUGUUGACAUUGACAGGAAAGACAGGAGAGAAAAUCAACUAUGGCWGCGGAUACCGGCGUAGAUAUCGACUUAUAUGCAGAGGAAAUAGAACAUGAUAUUAGUGUCCAGCAUGAUGGCGGCGCAGUGGACCUGUACGACGAUGUCUUGACCACAUCAGCAGCUGAACGACAAGCUGAAGACGAAGCUCUUCAGGGAAUAGUUAGCUAUUCUGGAGAUCUUGCAGUGCCAGCAGAACAACCAGUUGGUUAUGAGUACAAGUCUUAUACCACAAUACACCCAAAGUCUGCAGCAUCGCAGGCUGCWCARAGUCAUUAUGAACGCCAGCGUGGCAAACCACUUUAUGUUGGAAAUUUAACAUGGUGGACCACUGAUCAAGAGCUGACAGAAGCCCUUCAAGAGUGCGGCGUCACUGACUUGGUUAACAUCAAGUUUUUUGAGAAUAGAAACAAUGGACAAUCAAAGGGGUUUGCUUUGAUAGAACUUGGUUCGGAUAAAUCUGUCCAACUUGUUACUGAACACUUACCUAAAAUCGAACUUCACGAACAGAAAAUAUUAGUCACUCCAGCAACAAAACAACAUCUUCAUGARUUUGAAGCACAAUCACGAGCGAAAACUGGCAAUAGCUACCAGGGACAGCAGUACGAUGGCCAACAAGGAUAUGGAGGCGAUAGGGGAAGAGGUUACUAUGGUUACAGAGGAGGUUACAGAGGGCGUGGUGGGAUGCGACCUGGAAUGGGCAGAGGUUUUGAGGGUGAUGGACCAAGAGGACCGUGGAUGGGUGCUCCAGGAAUGGGCCCAAGACCACCAAUGCUGCCACCAUUUGGAGAUCAGCCACCACCACCAUUUGGAAUGAACCCYAAUCAUUUUCCAGCACAAGGAAUGGACAAACCACCUGGUCCUAUGCCUCCACAGAUGAGCAUGCCACCUGGUAUGCCAGGAAUUCCUGCUGAUCCCUACUUUGCAAGGAUGGGUGGAAUGGGUCCAAUGUCCAGGCCACCUGUUGCGCCUCAUGUAAACCCAGCUUUYUUCACYGARGGACCYCCRCCGGAUUUCACUGCCAUGGCAACYAGAGCYGACCCUCAGUAUCCAGUUUCUUCAUCAAUCACAGUGGACGAAUACAGUGAAAGUAUGAAGAGAAACAGUGCWGUUGCUAGUAGYGCCAUCAAGAAGGCCAUGGCUGAUGCUAAUUCUGGUGAUAAUGAGAGUGGUAUAGAGACUUUAGUGACUGCAGUAUCAUUGAUCAAACAGUCUCCAUCAGCCAACGACGAAACCUGUCAGAUUUUAGUUCAAAACUUACAAAGUUGUCUUCAAGGAUUGGAAUCAAAGAUGCUGGAAAGAAGCAUGAGAAGCAAAGACCGCUACGAGGACAAAGACGAAUACACAGGUAGUGACAGAGAUAGUUCGUCAAGAAGACAUCGACGACGACGUUCAAGAUCCUCAGAGAAAAGAUCUCGUUCCCGUGACAGGCGUUCAAGRUCACGCGAUCGUGACAGGCAUAGAAGCAGAAGGUAAGGGAGAACUCCACAAGGGUGAAUAUCAUGGACUCCAAGGACAGCGAUUCAGUUUCAGUCAAUUUUUUUUCUCAUAAUUUCUCAGCYUGUUAUMUUUUGUGAUUAUUUUUGUCUGUAAUAUAUUAUAAUGAACCAUUA